AUGAUGUUCGGACACCCCAGCCCCGUGAGGAUCCCUCCUCUCAGACGCAAGUUUAACCUCCAACUGCCUUCGUUAGAUGAGCAGGUGAUCCCAGCCAGGCUCCCGAAGACAGAAGAAGAGCCCGAAGAACCAACGAAAGUGGAUCAGGUAGAGACCCAGGAGGACAAUAAAAGGGGCCCCUGUAGCAAUGGGGAAGCAGCCUCCACCUCUAGGCCCCUGGAGACUCAGGGAAACCUCACUUCCUCCGGGUGCAGUCCCAGGCCCUUGGAGGGAAAUGUCCACCUCAAGAACGUGACAAAAAAGAACCGGAAUGAGAAGGCCCAGGUGCAUGCAGUGAGUUUCUACCCCAAGGACCACAGAGUCACCAGCUCACACAGCCCUGCUGGAGGCAUCCUUCCCUUUGGGAAGCCUGACCCAGCUCCAACAGUGCUGCCUGCCCCAGUUCCAACAGUGCUCCCUGCCCCAGUUCCGGGCUGCUCCCUGUGGCCAAAGAAGGCGACCUUGAAGAUGCUGGGUAAAGACCACCUGCCCAGCUCUCCAGCAUUGCUAAUACCGGGGAAGGACAUGCAGCACAAAGAUCCUCCAGCUCUAGGAUCAAGUAGCUCUUCUCCACCCAGAGCUGCCGGCCACGAGUCCCGCAAAAGAAAGCUGUCAGGGUCACCACUGCCGCUGCCACCGACCCCUCCCCUGCAACUGAGAUGGGAUAGAGACGAGCUGCCCCCACCCGCUAAGCUUCCCUGCCUAUCUCCUGAGGCACUGUUAGAGCUGGGUCAGGCUUCCCAGAGGGAAGGAUGCCUCCAGCGGGGCAACAUGGGUAAGAACAUGGGGGUGUUAAGUAGAAAAUCAAAAUCCAGGAGAUGA